AUGGGUGAACCCGUCGACACUGGUUGUAUCGCAUGCGGGUGGACACUUGACAAAGCAAAACAGUGCCAUUACACUAGCCACCUCAACCUCUUCUACGGCGCAUCUACGCGGGGCGCCUGGUCCAUCGGUUCAGAUGUGAUUUUGAAAGAUCGGCCCGACGAGGGUCCAAAAGCAAAAGUUGAAGUCAAAACCUUGAACUUUCUGGCGACUUAUACAGACGUCCCGGUCCCCAAGGUUUUACGUGACUGGGUCGAUCGCGAUGGGCGAUACUUCAUUUUGAACGAACAUCAAGUCGUCCAAGUGCGAAAGCAGCUUCGAUCCGUCACAUCAGCCUCGAUUCAGUGUGUCGAUCAAAGUCCAUGCUAUCCAGGCUUACUGUUUUUCGAUCUUGAGCCCCAUGGACCGUUUCACUCUGACCAAGAGCUCUGGGAUGCCCUGGCCUUUAAUCUUCGCCAUCUCCCUCAACAAGUGUUGGAGAACUUAAAGAAGCGCCUACCAGAGUGCGGACCCUAUGUGCUCACUCAUUGCGAUCUUAAUUUGGGAAAUAUCAUGGUCCAAAAUGGAAAGGUUGUCAGUAUACUCCACUGGGAAUACGCUGCCUUUUUACCUAUCUGGUAUGAGUAUGUUUCGGCCUCUUUCGGAUUUACAGACAUGGAUGUCGAAUGGAAAAAGUUGCUCCGGGAGCGCUUAAGCGUACAUGGCGAGGCGCACGAAGAGGCCAAGGCAUUCUGGACGGAUAUGUGUAAUCUCAGACAGUACCCGAAUCUGGAUGAGAAAGGCCAAGAAACCCUAGAGAGACUGUCCUAG